AUGGAGGUCGAGAUCCCGACCGAGCACCGCGCGCCCAAGGUUGAGGCUAGAGCGUGGCGAUGGCACGAUCUCCCGGCCGCCGCCGCCAAGCCGCUCCGGGACCCCCUCCUCGCCGUCAACUUCCUGCUGCUGGCCGUCGGCGCGGCCAGCGGCCCGCUCCUCCUCCGCCUCUACUUCCUGCGCGGCGGCUCCCGCAAGUGGCUAUCCAGCCUGCUCCAGACCGCCGGCUGGCCGCUCCUCCUCGUGCCGCUCGGCUUCUCCUUCUCCUCCCGCCGCCGCCGCAGGAGCCGCCGCCAGGGCGACGACGCCACGGCUAGCACCGGCGUCUUCCUCAUGACGCCCCGCCUCCUGGCCGCGUCCGCCGUCGUGGGCCUCAUGACCGGCGCCGACAACUUCCUCUACGCCUACGGCCAGGCCUACCUCCCGGUGUCCACCUCCUCCAUCCUCAUCUCCAAGCAGCUGGCCUUCACGGCCGCCUUCGCGCUGCUGCUCGUGCGCCAGCGCUUCACGGGCUCCACGGUCAACGCCAUCGUGCUGCUCAGCGUCGGCGCCGCCAUGCUGGGGAUGGGCUCCGGCGGGGACCGCCCGGCGGGGGUGUCGGGCGCGCAGUACGCCGCCGGGUUCGGCAUGGCGCUGGCGGCCGCGGCGCUCUACGGCCUCGUGCUGCCCGUCAUGGAGCUCAGCCAGGCGUGGCACGCGGCGCGCGCCGGCGCCGCCGCCCUCACCUACACGCUCGUCGUUGAGAUUCAGGUCGUCAUCGGGCUCACCGCCACGGCGUUCUGCGCCGUCGGCAUGCUGGCGAACAACGACUUUCAGGCAAUCCCAGGAGAAGCCCGACAGUCCGAACUCGGCCAGGCGGGCUACUACAUGCUGCUGGUCGGCACAGCCGCCGUGUACCAGUGCUUCUGCCUCGGCAUAAUCGGCGCCAUCUACUACGGCUCGGCGCUGCUCGCCGGAGUCAUCAUCACCGUGCUCCUCCCGGUGACCGAGGUCCUGGCCGUCGUCUUCUUCCAUGAACCCUUCAGCGGCACCAAGGGCGUCGCCCUCGGGCUGUCGCUCUGGGGCCUCGCUUCCUAUUUCUACGGCGAGGUGCGGAACAAGGCCCCGGAUGCAGAGCGCCAGACAAGUCUGUGUGCGGAUCGUGACUGCGAGAAUUAG